GCGCUGUCGGGAGGAUGGACGGGCAGGUGGCUCGGUGCUCAGCGCGGCUGCUGCAGCAGGAGAAAGAGAUUAAACUUCUGACUGCUGAAAUUGACAGGUUGAAAAACGGUGGCUAUUUAGAAGCGUCUCCAAAUUUGGAGCAAUUACAAGCAGAGAAUUUAAAAUUGAAAUAUCGACUGAAUAUCCUUCAAAAGAGCCUUCAAGCAGAGAGGAAUAGGCCGACUAAAAACAUGAUUAACAUCAAUAACCGCCUACAAGAGGUCUUUGGUUGUGCCAUUAAGGCUGCAUAUCCAGAUCUGGAAAACCCUCCUCUGGUCGUCACCCCAAGUCAGCAGCCCAAGUUUGGGGAUUACCAGUGUAACAGUGCUAUGGGUAUAUCUCAGAUGCUCAAAGCCAAGGAGCAGAAAGUUAAUCCAAGAGAAAUUGCUGAAAAUAUCACCAAGCACCUUCCAAGUAAUGGAUAUAUAGAAAAAGUUGAAAUUGCUGGUCCUGGCUUUAUCAAUGUCCACUUACGGAAGGAUUUUGUGUCAGAACAGCUGACCAGUCUUCUGGUGAAUGGAGUUCAACUACCUGCGCUUGGAGAGAAUAAAAAGGUUAUAAUUGACUUCUCCUCCCCCAACAUCGCUAAAGAGAUGCACGUGGGCCACCUCAGGUCCACCAUCAUCGGGGAGAGCAUGUGCCGCCUCUUUGAGUUUGCAGGAUACAGCGUGCUCAGAUUGAACCAUGUAGGAGAUUGGGGGACGCAAUUUGGCAUGCUCAUCGCUCACCUGCAAGACAGAUUUCCCGAUUAUCUAACGGUUUCACCGCCUAUUGGGGAUCUCCAGGCCUUUUAUAAGGAAUCCAAAAAGCGGUUUGAUACAGAGGAAGAAUUUAAGAAGCGAGCAUAUCAAUGUGUAGUUCUGCUUCAGAGUAAAAAUCCAGAUAUCUUAAAAGCUUGGAACCUUAUCUGUGAUGUUUCCCGCCAAGAGUUUAAUAAAAUCUAUGAUGCAUUGGACAUCUCUAUAAUAGAGAGGGGGGAAUCCUUCUAUCAAGAUAGGAUGAACGAUGUUGUAAAGGAAUUUGAAGAUAAAGGACUCGUGCAAGUGGACGAUGGCAGAAAGAUUGUGUUUGUCCCAGGGUGUUCUGUACCAUUAACCAUAGUCAAGUCCGAUGGCGGUUAUACCUAUGAUACAUCCGACCUAGCUGCUAUUAAACAAAGGCUGUUUGAGGAAAAAGCAAACAUGAUUAUCUAUGUUGUGGACAGUGGACAAUCCAUGCACUUCCAGACCAUAUUUGCUGCGGCUCAGCUGAUUGGGUGGUAUGACCCUAAAGUCACUCGCGUGUCCCACGCUGGCUUUGGUGUGGUGCUGGGAGAAGACAAGAAGAAGUUUAAAACCCGUUCGGGUGAAACAGUGCGGCUUAGAGACCUUUUGGAAGAAGGUCUCAAGCGCUCCAUGGACAAAUUGAAGGAAAAAGAAAGAGACAAGGUCUUAACCCCCGAAGAACUGAGGGCUGCUCAGACAUCUGUUGCCUAUGGGUGUAUCAAAUACGCUGAUCUUUCCCAUAACCGGCUCAAUGACUACAUCUUCUCCUUUGACAAGAUGCUGGAUGACAGAGGGAACACGGCUGCCUACUUGUUGUAUGCCUUCACUCGAAUCAGGUCCAUCUCUCGCCUGGCCAAUGUCGAUGAAGAGAUGCUCCAGAAAGCUGCGCGGGAGACCAAGCUCAUCCUGGACCAUGAGAAGGAGUGGAAGCUUGGCCGCUGCAUUCUGCGCUUCCCUGAGAUUCUACAGAAGAUCUUAGAUGACCUGUUUCUACACACCCUCUGUGACUAUGUCUACGAGCUGGCCACGACCUUCACAGAAUUCUACGACAGCUGCUACUGUGUGGAGAAAGAUCGGCAGACCGGAAAAGUGCUGAAGGUGAACAUGUGGCGGAUGCUGCUGUGCGAAGCUGCCGCUGCUGUCAUGGCCAAGGGCUUCGACAUUCUGGGGCUAAAGCCUGUCCAGAGAAUGUAGUCCUUCUUGAGUUUGAGCACUGUGUUUACCAAAGUGGCCAUUGGCAGUGUUUGCAUUUUUACAAUCGUGGACAUAAAACAAGCAAAGAGCAUUUGUCACCUA